CCCAGCGGUGGUAUAAAAGCGCCACUCCACCAAUGGGACAUGUCUCAUUACGGUUCACAGUCAGAUCCCGCCAAGAUGUACAACGGGAGAUCGCGUGGUGGCGCAGACUCGCAACAGAUUCAAACCAACAACAACAACAAUAGGAGGAAGAUGGGAGGGCUCCGGACAAGUCCCCUCUGGGUCAUGGGCAUCAUGCUUCUGGCCCAUCACAUCCUGGGCGUGACGGCCAUGUCGCUGGACCGCCUGGCGCUCGAACGGAACGAACUGCCGGCGGACGCCCACCAGCAGCCGGCCCAGGCCCCGACCGACGUCCUCGUCGACGACAUGAAGCUAGCCUCAGUGCCCUCGGCCGAAUCCGGUGCCGCGGACAUGUUCAUGCUCAUCCCGGAAACGGUGGCCAGCCAGCUGGAGGACACCGAGCACGUCAACCGCAACUCCAUUGAAGCCGAUCCCGAGAUGGAAGCCGCCGACCCGGCCGGCUCCGCCUCCGACAUGCUCAUGCUGGAGAGCGACUCCAGCCCGGCCCUCCAGCUGGUGGAGUUGCCCAGCGACAUCACCGUGGCCGAGUCGCCGAUGGACACCGAGCAGGUCCAGGCCCAUCAGCCCGAGUCGAUUGAGGAGCACGUGGUGCUGAAGCCCAGCAGCCAGGAGGCGCAGCUGGAGCAGGCCCAACUGGACACCGAGGCCACCGAAGCGGCGCCCGCUGCCGAGGAGGAGGCUGAGCCCGUCGAGACUGUAGAGGUGGAGCAGGAGCAGCCCGUGGCCAGCAACGAUGCAGUCGAUGAUGAGCCGGAAGCGGCCACCGAGAGCGCCGACGAGAUCAUCUCGAAUGCCGUGGAGGAAAUGGAGAAGGACAUCGAACAGGCCAUGGAGGAUGAGCCCCAGGAGCCUCAAGCUGAGGAGUCCCAGCCAGAAGCCGUCGAAUCCCAGCCAGAAGCUGCGGAAUCCCAGCCCGAAGCCGAAGCUGAGCCCGUGCCGGAAGCUCAGGCUGCCGAAAGCCAGCCAGAGGCCGAAUCCCAGCCAGAAAUCCCAGAGGAAGUCCAAGCCGAAGCCACAAAGGAGCCGGAGAGCGCUGACAACAACGAGGUGGACACCACGGAGGCGUCUCUGAUGGAAACUCUGGUCGAGGGCAUCGAGCAGGGUCUCACUGCCGCCAUGGACAACCUGGUGCCGGAGGAGUUGGCGGAAAUAAGCGAAAACAAACAGGAACAGGACCAGGAGCCAGAGAAGGAGCAGGAGCCGGAGCUGGAAGAAUCUGCUCCAGCUGUCGAAGCCAGCGAAGAUGGUCAGGAGAAGGACAAGGAGUCUGAAGCCGAGCCCAGCUUGGCGGACGAGCCUGAGGCCGAGACUGCCACUGAAAAGAUUCAAGAAGAGGCUGCUCCCGAAGCCGAGGCUGAGGAGGAGGCCAAGCCUGUGGAAGAAGCCCAGCCGGAGGAGGAGUUGAAGCCUGAGCCCGAGUCCGAGUCCAAGCCAGAGGAGGAAGCCCAAGCCGAGGAGGAGCCCAAGCCCCUGGAGGAAGCCCAGCCAGUGGAGGAAGAGGCCAAGCCCGAAGUGCCGGUCCAGAACGAUCCCGAGACCGAGCCCGAAGAGACAAAUGAAGUGAAGCCAGUGGAGGCCCAAGUCCCCGCUGAGAUCCCUGCUGAGAUCCCUGCUGAGAUCCCUGCCGAGGUCCCUGCCGAGAUCCCUGCUGAAGCUACCAAUGAAAUCCUUGCCGAAAUCCCUGCCGAAGUCCCUGCUGAAGUCCCAGUGGAGACUCCUGCCGAGAUCCCCGAGGAAACCCAACCAGAAACCCCCGCUGAGAUUGAAAAGGACACUCCAGCUGAGAUCCCAGCUGAAGCCGCGCCAGAAACCCCAGCUGAGGCUCCAGCAGAAGUCCCAGCUGCCAUCGCCCCUGAAACUCCAGCCGCUGCCGAAUCCCAGCCAGAACCAGUGCCCCAAGAGCAACCUGCCCAGCCGGCCGCUGAGGAAGCCAAGCCCGCCUCCUCCCUGCUGACUACGAUUAUCCCCAUGGUGGUGCCCCAGCCCCAGAUCCAGCCCCUCCAGGUGCAGGACAGCGUGCUCAACUACGUCAACGCCUCGUUCCAGCAGCCGCAAGGAGACCUGCCCAAGACCGAGGAUCAGGAGCAGAGCGAGUCGUCCUUCAACGCCCACCUGAGGCGCUACGACGGCGCCCAGGUGUGGCGCAUCGUGGUCCAGACCGACAAGGAUAAGCGACUGGCCGACGAGCUGCAGUCCAAGUAUGAUGGCCAGCUGUGGAAGGAGGUCAAGCAGGAGGUGGACUACCUGCUGAAGCCCCAGGUCCUGGCCGCCGCCGAGCGACACAUCCGCGCCGCCAAUCUCUCCCGCAUCGUCCUGAUCGACAAUCUGCAACACGUCAUCGAGGUGGAGAACCCGCCCGCGGAGAAGAUCGCCGAGCUGCAGAAUCGCAAAGGUCACCGACUCACCUGGCAGGCCUACCACCGCCUAGAGGACAUCCACGGCUUCAUCGACUACAUGGCCAAGACCUACCCGGACAUCUGCUCCACGGAGGUGAUUGGCUACUCGGUGGAGAAGCGUCCGCUCAAGAUUCUCAAGAUAUCGAACGGUAAUGCCCGCAACCCCGGCGUUUGGAUCGACGGCGGCAUGCACGCCCGCGAGUGGAUCAGCCCCGCCACGGUGACCUUCAUCGCCAACCAGCUGGUCGAGGGCUGGGAGGACCUGCCCGAGCACAUGCGCAGCAUCAACUGGUACAUCCACCCGGUGGCCAAUCCCGACGGCUACGAGUACUCCCACACCACGGACCGUCUCUGGCGGAAGAACAUGCGCGCCCACGGCCGCCAGUGCCCCGGCGUCGACCUCAACCGCAACUUUGGCUACAAGUGGGGCGGCAAGGGCACCUCCGCCAGCCCCUGCUCCCAGACGUACCGCGGCAGCAAGGCCUUCUCCGAGCCCGAGACCUUCUACAUCUCCAAGUUCAUCAGCGGCUUCCCCCGCGAGACCUUCCAGGCCUACCUCUCCUUCCACAGCUACGGCCAGUACAUCCUCUACCCGUGGGGCUACGACUACCAGCUGACCCAGGACAGGGCGGAUCUGGAUCGUGUGGCGCGCCAAGCCGGAACGAGCAUCACCAAGUCUACGGGCGUCAAGUACACCGUGGGCUCCUCGGCCACCACCCUGUACCCCGCCGCCGGAGGCUCCGACGACUGGGCCAAGGGCAUUGCCGGCAUCAAGUACGCCUACACCAUUGAGAUGGGCGACACCGGCCGCUACGGCUUCGUCCUGCCCGCCCGGUUCAUCCAGUACAACGGCAAGGAUGGCUACACCUUUGCCGACACCGUCGCCCGGGCGAUCGCCCAGGGACGCGGCAAGGCGGUGGCCCGCAAUGGAGGCGCCAGCGCAGGCAGUCGGAGGCGCCACCACUAGAGCUCCGAGCACUUAGUUCAAUGCGAUGCAAUGUCUAGCAACGACCUAUGACCUUUUUUUUUUUUACUACUUAUAUGGAAACUAUUUAUUUAUUUAUUUAUUGUACUUGUAAUUAGAAAAAUUGAACACCAAGACCCUUGAACGAACAGAACUCAUCGAAAUAGACUGAAACCUGUUUAUUGUA